GUAGCCGGUCAAGAACGAAAAAUCAGCAGAAUGUUGAAGCUGUUGUGCUUCGUCGCUCUCCUCUCUGUAGCCCUUAGUACUGGUUACGGAGGCAAAGGUGGUUAUGGUGGAAGUUCCUAUGGAGGCAAAGGCGGCUAUCCAGUAGUUUUCUUUGGAGGCAAAGGUGGCUAUGUCAGAAAUUACUAUGGAGGCAAAGGUGGAUAUGGAGGGGGUUCCUAUGGCGGCAAAAGCGGUUAUCCAGUAGUUUACUAUGGAGGCAAAGGUGGCUAUGGAGGAGAUUACUAUGGAGGCAAAGGUGUCUAUGGAGGGGAUUACUAUGGAGGCAAAGGCGGCUAUGGAGGUAGUUACUAUGGAGGCAAAGGCGGCUAUGGAGAUUACUAUGGAGGCUUUGGAUAUGGAGAGGGAUCCUAUGGAGGCAAAGGUAAUUAUCAAAUAGUUUACAAUGGAGGCAAAGGCGGCUAUGGAGGAGAUUACUAUGGAGGAAAAGGUAGCUAUGGAGGAGGUUCCUAUGGAAGAAAAGGCGGCUAUGGAGAAGGUUCCUAUGGAGGCAAAGGUGGCUAUGGAGGGGAUUACUAUGGAGGCAAAGGCGGCUAUGGAGGUAGUUCCUAUGGAGGAAAAGGUGGCUAUGGAGGAGAUUACAAAGGAGGCUUUGGAUAUGGAGAGGGUUCCUAUGGAGGAAAAGGCGGCUAUGGAGGAGGUUCCUAUGGAGGAAAAGGCGGCUAUGGAGGAGGUUCCUAUGGAGGAAAAGGCAGCUAUGGAGGAAGUUUCUAUGGUGGCUUAGGUUAUGGAGGUGAUUCCUAUCAAGGCAAAGGUUACGGAGGGGUUUAUUACAAUGGUGGUUUCGGAUCCGGUGGCUACUCUGGGAGAUCUUUCGGAAAAGAUUACUACUGAAAACUAGGAAUCAAUGGUCUUCUUGAAAAGUGUAUAUGGGAUUAUGUGUGUGUACAUUAUUUCUACUUCAUUAAUAAAAUAUGGAAU